AUGGACGAUUCAGUAGAGUACGGCACGCCGGCUAACGCCCAGUCCCCCGGCGCCAACGCCAUCCUAGCCCAACCUCCUCUUACGCAGUCUGGGGAAGGAUCAGAAGAUAUUCAGAUGGCCGAAAGCAUCGAACCGGAAUCACGUGUAAAGCUCAAUAGCAGUACACCCGCGCCCACCGUGCCAAACCCUGACGAUGAUUCGUCCAACGUCAACAAAAGCAUUGCCGUGGGUGUCGAGGAUGCUGUCAUGGUAGAGGCCCAAAUCGAGAAGCAUGAUCAAGAGGCACACAAGGAGGCUGGUGAAGGUGAUGAAGUUACAGAGGACAAGCAAGAGGCAAAGACCAAAGAAACGAUCGAAUCAGCAGCUCGCGAGCACUUGAUCUCGCAGACUCACGCCAUUAUCCUGCCUAGUUACAGCUCCUGGUUCGAUAUGACGGAUGUUCAUUCCAUCGAGAAGAAGGCCCUCCCGGAGUUCUUCAACAACAGAAACCGAAGCAAAACUCCUGCAGUGUACAAGGACUAUCGCGAUUUCAUGAUCAAUACCUACCGCCUCAAUCCCUCAGAGUAUUUGACUGUUACCGCAUGUCGCCGAAACCUUGCUGGAGAUGUUUGUGCCAUCAUGCGUGUUCACGCAUUCCUCGAGCAAUGGGGUUUUCGUUUUGCUCAGGUUGAUAUGCAACAGCGAUCCUCUCAUGUCGGCCCUCCGUUUACUGGUCAUUUCAAAAUCAUUUGUGAUACACCGAGGGGCCUCCAGCCCUGGCAACCAUCCUCUGACCCAACCGUGUUGGAGGGUAAGAAGAGCCAUGACACCGACGCUAAGGCGGCAGCUGGGGUUCCUACUAAAUCAGACCUGAACCUCGAGAUUGGGCGUAACAUAUACGAGGCAUCCGCAAAGGGAUCUAAGCUAAACAAGCCUGAAGGGAAAACAAACGGCGAUAUCCACACUACUAAUGGCGCCAACCCCGCACCGGUUGAAGAGACGACUAAGGCACCCAUCAGCAAAGUCAAUUGCUAUCAGUGUGGCAUUGACUGCACUCGAACAUACUAUCACUACACGAAGAGUGACCCUUCAGUGAAUACGAAGUACGAUCUCUGCCCUGGCUGUUGUCUUGAGGGGCGCAUGCCUAAUAACCACCUUAAAUCACAAUACAUCCGGGUGGACAACCCUACAUAUACAAGCACUCUUGAUCGCGAUGCAGCAUGGUCAGAUUCUGAAACGCUUCGACUCCUCGAAGGCCUAGAGCGUUAUGAUGAUGACUGGGGUGAGAUUGCCCAGCAUGUCGGAACACGCUCGCGAGAGGAAUGCGUGUUGCGGUUUUUGCAGUUGGAUAUUGAGGAAAAGUACCUUGAGAGCGAUUUUGCGUCUAUCAAUGCGCCCGUUGGUCUGUCUCUACUCGGCUCUCAGGGUGGGCAAUUGCCCUUCAGCCAAGCCGAUAACCCAGUCAUGUCAGUGGUUGGUUUCCUCGCAAGCCUUGCCGAUCCGGCAAGCACCGCCGCUGCCGCAAGCAAGUCGGCUGAGGAAUUGAAGCAGCGACUGCGAAACAAGCUCAAUGGUGAAAAGCAGCAAAAUUUCGGGGCUAUCAACGGCAAAGACAAUCCAGUCGAUAAAUCGGAAGCCAUGGAAGUCGACGUCACAACAACCACAACCACGACCACGACCACAACCACAACCACCUCAACAAGCGCAUUGGCGUCUAUUCCCUUGGCCUCUAUCGGAGCCCGCGCAGCUGGCUUUGCGUCUCACGAAGAGAGGGAGAUGACAAGGCUUGUAUCCGCUGCAGCUAAUGUAAUGCUACAGAAACUUGAGCUCAAACUAAAGUAUUUCAAUGAUAUGGAGGCCAUCCUCCAGGCUGAAAAGCGCGAGCUAGAGCGUGGACGACAGCAACUCUUCCUCGAUCGUCUGGCGUUUAAACAAAGAGUUCGGGAAGCCCAGGAAGCCCUUAGAGCGACAGCGGCCUCCGGUGUGGAAGCUGGAGCCCCCAGGUCCCUUGAUGCCGGUAGCGACAGCAAUCGACUCGGCUUUCGCCUCAACCUCGCAGUCAACCUCACGUACCACAAACCGUCGGCCAUGUUUACUGCUCGGCGUUUUGCUACGACUGCUCCCAAAAGUUACCUUCGUCCCUCACCUCUUGCCCAGAUCUCCCCAGCCAUGGCCCCAACCGCUCGGCGGAGCAACAGCUCCAUCCCGUCUGAGCUUGCUACGAGCAAAGCCGCUGUCGACGAUUUCAUUAAGCCCGGGGGCAACUGGAUAUACGAGUGGUGGAAUGACGCGGCUUAUCUUGCCUAUCGUGACCCUGUAGUCCCGUAUGUCAGCUAUUUUUAUUCUCACCGCGAUGACCGCAACCGGAGGAAUCCGGCGAAACGCGCUGCAGCUAUUACUACUUCGGUCCUUGAGUUCAAGAAGCAGGUCGACCAGGGUACUUUAGAGCCCGAGUACAUGAAGAAGAUGCCCAUCUGCAUGGACAGCUACCAGUGGAUGUUCAAUACUAGUCGAGUGGCCGCCCGCCCUGCUGAUUACCCCAUCAAGUUUGCACCAGGAGAGAACAAGCAUAUCAUCUGUUGUUCCCCCAUUGGUGCACUCACGUCUGAGAACCGAGACGUUUGGGCCGAUGCCCGGCAACUUUUGGUUGAUGCCCACCCUAGCAAUGCCGCUGCGCUCGAGGCUAUCGAGUCCUCUUCCUUCGUGGUUUGCUUAGACGACGCCGCCCCCGUGACUCUAGAAGAGCGCGCACAUCAAUAUUGGCAUGGCGAUGGGGCGAACCGCUGGUACGAUAAACCCUUGCAGUUUAUCGUCAAUGACAACGGAACAUCGGGUUUCAUGGGCGAGCACUCAAUGAUGGAUGGUACGCCAACUCACCGACUCAAUGACUACAUCAAUGACCUCAUUUUCAAUAACAAAAUGGACUUUUCCGAUCCCUCUAUACGUUCCACCCUCCCAGAGCCCGAGGUGGUCAAAUUCCACGUCACCAACGAAGUCCAGGACGAGAUUGAUCGCGCGGUAAAGGAUUUCCGCACCGUUAUCGGCCAACAUCAGCUUGCUGUACAGGCCUAUCAGGGCUACGGCAAGGGGUUGAUCAAGAAGUUCAAAUGCUCGCCGGAUGCCUACGUUCAGAUGAUCAUCCAGCUUGCGUACAAUAAGAUGUACGGAAAGAAUCGCCCGACGUAUGAAUCUGCUGCCACCCGUCGGUUCCAGCAGGGCCGCACCGAAACUUGCCGCAGUGUAUCUGAAGCCUCUGUCUCUUGGUGUAAGGCCAUGUCGGAGCCCGCUGUUUCUAAUGAUGAAAAAGUGAGGCUCUUCCGAGCCGCUGUUGACUCCCACCUUGAAUACAUUGCCGCUGCUUCAGAUGGAUCUCCUGCGAUUUUCAAGGAUCCCGCAUUCAGUUUCUCGAGUUCUUGGUACCUGUCGACCUCCCAGCUUAGUUCGGAAUUCUUCAAUGGCUAUGGCUGGAGCCAAGUGAUUGAUGGGGGCUUCGGGAUCGCAUAUAUGAUCAACGAAAAUAGCCUCAACUUCAAUAUCGUCUCGAAAGGCCUCGGUAGCGACAAGAUGAGCUUCUAUCUGAAUGAGGCUGCGAAUGAAAUGAGAGAACUCCUUAUCCCGACGCUUGAGCCGCCGAAGGCUAAGUUGUAA